ACCCGAAACAGAACGGAGGAGUUGCGGGUCUGCCUGAGUGAGGAGAGAGAGAGAGAUGAAGAUAGCGUGGAAGAGCAACAAGAAGCGGCCUCUGGGGAUCGUAUCAACUUACCCAAAUCUCCCUUUCGAGCGGCAAAACGACGAACCCAGCAAUCAAUCGCACCCAGCAGAAAAACCCAGCAAUAAUAUUCAAAACAACACUGAGCUCGGCAAGCUAGCCGAUGAGAGCGAGCCUUCCGACGCUGCCGAACUUUUCCACUCCUUUCAAGCUCAGGGAACUAAGCUCGCCGAGGAUGGGAAGUACCGUGAAGCAUUGGGAAAAUGGGAGGCUGCUCUUAUGUUGAGGCCUGAAAAUGCAGUUUUACAUGAACAGAAGGCACAAGUAUUACUUGAAGUUGGAGAUGCAUGGAAUGCGGUGAAGACAGCGACUCGAGCUACUGAGUUGGAGCCUUCAUGGGCUGAGGCUUGGGUUACCCUUGGUAGAGCACAGUUAAACUUUGGGGAGCCUGAUAAUGCCAUUCAAAGCUUCGACAGAGCAUUAGCCAUCAAGCCUGAUUCUGAGGAGGCUCGAGAUGACAGACAUACUGCAAUGCAACUGGUGAAAAAGCGAAAACAGCUCCAUUCAUCAGGUUUAAGUCCUACGAGGAAACGUUACGCAGUUGGUGAUAAGGCAUGAAACCUCCCGAGUCUGGAAUGUGUAUAUAAAGAGGAAAAGUGAGACUUCAACUUCGUUUUGGUUCAUGUGUGAAUUUCUCCCCCUUCGUCUGCGUCUCUGGUUAGCAGGAAUAUAUCCUUUAUGCAUUUUGUAUCUUAUGAAAGCGAAUAGAAAUAAUUCUAAAUUUUAGAUUAAUUACAAAAUGUUAAACUAUGUUGUUCUUAAUAAACAACACAGCUCAGCAUGUUUCAAAAUUUUAAGAGAGGAAGCAUUCACCAGUUGAAACAAAGUCAUGACAUGUUUCAAUGUUUAGUUCCUGAGCCCGACCGUACUAUUACCGGACUUUUGGAAUUGGACUGUAAUUGUUACUAGAUUUGGUUAAACCGCCUCAAUAAACUAUUUUACUUCGGAUUU